AUGCUGGACCAUUUCCCGACAGAGCUGCAGCUGCGGCUGCUGGCAUGCAACCCGCAACUAGCGUUUGUGAGCCGCGGCUGGUACCGGCUCAACAACCUGUUUUACAGAGACUUAUGUGUGCAGCUGAGGCCCGAAAGCUACUGGAAGGGCCUCGCGACGUGGAUCUGCGCGUACGUGAAAAGCCUAGAUCCCGACAGAAAGGACGCGCGCCUGAUCAAUCGCGGGUUCAUGCGCGACACGGGUGGCGAGUUCGUGGAGUUCAUGUGCGACUCGUGGCAGAUCCUGUACAGUGUGCUUUUCGCGAGCCCGAGAUUCUUCGGGAUGGACAGCGCGAGAAUGGAGAUUGAAGACUCCAGCAACUCGGUCAGCGAGUACUGCUGCCCGAUGGAGCUGGUGGGCGGGCGCGAGUAUGAGUGUAGCGUGUGGUUCCGGAAGCGCAGCACGUUGAACAAGUUUGGCGCCGUCCGAGUGGUUUGCGAGGCCGACGCGCCGCGCGAGGCCGGCGCGGCCGGCCUCGUCGGAGGCGCAGGCGCCGUGCUGUUGGCGCGCGACCUGCCCGUGAGUAUCGACAACUGGUGUGAGUCCGCCGGGAUGUACAGCUUCGCGGCGGGCAAGAUCAGAGUGCCGCCGGAGCUGGGUCACGUGCAGGAUGCACGGAUGCGGGUCUGGAUCACAAGCCCGACCAGCGUCGAGAUGGUCGCGGUGGACCUGAGGCCCUACCAGCGUGGCAAGCAGUGGCUGUUCCUGUCGACGCCGCAGCAGGGGAUAUUCAGCGCGGAGGAGCAGCGGCUGAGCAAGGCGCGGAUGGGCUGGGCGAUGGAGCGCACAGGGAACGAGGAGGCGCCGGCCGCGGGCGCGGGCGCGGGCGCACCCGCAGAGGACUUCCGCGUAGUGUACCGGUUCCCGCGCGAGCAGGGCAAGGCGCUGAAGGUGAGGAGCGUGCGGUACCCGUGGCUGGGGCAGGGCGCGGUGACGAGAACGCUGGACCGGGUGCGGAACAUCACGUGA